GUUAACCACGUGAUGUCAGCGAUGUUAGCCAGAAGCCGUCACCUCGCUUCUUCCUCAUUCAUGCUCUCGCUCACUGGUCAAAGGUAAACGGCCCUGGACGAUGGAGUAGCCGCUGUCUCGUCCCUUCGGCUGGCAACAUCUGCUCUCCCGUCCCGGUGCGCCUCCGCUCAGCAGCUUCAAAACCCCGACUGUCUGCAGCUGUUGCUCACACUGGAACCCGCUUGAUCGAUUGCAUGAACAUAGUUCAGGAGAGUCUGAGGAGGUUUGCUCCCCCCAACGGUCUCUGAGGAGGGGGGGGAAGGAGGAGGUGGCAGACGGAGCUCCCAUUUCUACCCAGAGUAUGGGGCAAAAAGUCCCAGGUGGAAUUAAAACCAUUGACAUGCGGGAUCCGGCGUUCAGCCCCCUGAAGCUGGAGCUCCAGGCCUUGAGUAACACUAAACCCUCUCGCCUUGAUUUCCUGCUGGACAUGCCCCCUGCUGGUCUGGAUGUCCAGGUUCAACACUCUUGGAACAAUAACGACCGCUCCCUCAACAUCUUCGUCAAGGAUGACAACAAGCUGGUGUUUCACCGCCACCCGGUGGCCCAGAGCACGGACGCCAUCCGGGGCCGCGUAGGCUACACCAGAGGACUGCACGUGUGGGAGAUCAGCUGGGCCAUGCGUCAGAGGGGCACUCAUGCCGUGGUCGGCGUAGCAACCAGUGAAGCGCCUCUGCACUCCGUAGGUUACACUGCCUUGGUGGGGAGCAACACGGAGUCGUGGGGUUGGGACCUGUGCAGAAGUAAACUGUACCACGACGGCAAGAACAACUCAGGAAAAACGUACCCCGCCUUCCUAGAACCAGACGACACCUUCAUCAUUCCAGACUCCCUCUUGGUGGUCCUGGACAUGGACGAGGGGACUCUUGGCUACAUUGUAGAUGGACAUUACCUUGGGGUAGCGUUCAGAGGGCUUAAAGGCAGGAAGCUCUACCCCGUCGUGAGUGCAGUUUGGGGACAUUGUGAGAUCAGAAUCCGGUACAUCAACGGCCUUGAUCCGGAGCCCCUGUCUCUCAUGGACCUGUGUCGGCGGUCCGUGAGGGUGGCCUUAGGAAGAGACCGUCUCAGUGAGAUACACAGGUUGCCUCUCCCAGCCUUUCUCAAGAACUAUCUGCUCUACCAAUGAGGAGUCACAGUACACUGCACACAACCUCCCCGAGGUCUCUUGUUCUCUCUGAGGUAGAACCUGCUAUACCACAUAGCUCACAACUCAAGGAUGAUCCGACAAGUUCUUUUCUGUGUCACCGUGGACACCCUUUGAGCUUCUUGUCCUUUUUUCUCGACUUGGUGAUUAUUUCUCUUUCAGGAAUCGCUGACGCUAUGCAUUUGCUGAUUGUUGGUAGCCCACUCGGUACCUCGAGAUGCCGAUCAGUGGUCAGUAUCUCUGCUGUUCAUGACAAACUAUGAUCCAAGUUUCCAUGUGAUUAUAACUAAUGUUGAAAGUGUCACAAGGGUCAUUUUACGGCGCACUUAUGCAGUACUACAAUCUGACCACUUGAGGGAGACACACACAACUAGUCGAUCGACUGAACUCCAGAAGUAAUCGUUUAAUUCCUGUCUUUUAGAAGAUUAUUUUACAUGUCAGAGUUAAACUUUGCACAGAGAACGCAGAGGAGAUACUGACCACUCCAUUUGUUGUGUAUUGCUGCUGAGCAGCGCUGACUAUAGACCAAACACUGUCAGGUUUCUCUAAUAUACCAUCCAAACAUCUGACGGGAACAUUAUCAGCAACAGGAGAUGUCACUGUGAUUUAUGGUAGCAUGCAUCUGCAGGAUCCUUGUCGCAAUACAAUCACAUGUUUUUUGAGGAAUAACUUCACUGUAGUUUUUUGUGCUGUAUUUUUCAAUCACAUGGUUCAAGAGCUCAAUUUCUUUCUGGCCAAACUAAAAUGACUUCAUGAUGUUCAUGUUCUUAACUGUUAACUGAGGAGCUAGUGCAGCGGUACGUGGUGCAAUGGCUGGUUCAAAUGCAUGGUUGCUUUCAUGUUUGUUUUAUGAGUUGGGAACUGGGGUCUUUGAGAAAUUUAACUUUAAGUCACGACGACAAUCCACGAAAUGUGCUGCACAAUUGUAAUUGAAGGUCAAACUGCCAACAUGCUGUCAGAUGCCAUAUCAUUCAUACCUGUUAACUUUUAGUCUUUUAUGAAAAUGUCCUCACUGCUUUUUCAUCCUCGCAGUGUCUGUUUUAUUUGUAUUCCAUGUAGAUUUAUUUGUAACUACAUAAUAAAGAUAAUUU